UGUGCUAGCUGGCUAAGGUUCCCUGGUGUCCUCUACCGAGCUAGCAACGUGAUUUAACACGAAAUUACGAAUUAAGAUUGCCAAAGAUCCGCAAAUUUAGCUAGCUAUCGUUAGCAUUUAACUAGUAGUUUUGCUGACACGAACAAGACUGGCAUAUGAUUUGACGGUACCUAUCUACCUUGCUAAACAAGCUAAAAACGUCAGUGUAGCUGCUUAACGGUAUUAGCUAGGAGUGGAGUAGCAAAUUGUGAUUAACAACGUUGUCUUAAACUGAAGAAAUUCCCCCAUUAAAAGUAUACGUUAACGGACGGUAAUAUCAGACAGCACGCACAUAUACAGAUUUUGUAGUUGGAGGUGUAAGGCCUAUGGACAUCCAUCUUAAACUGCAUUAUUAUUCCCAAUAAGCAAAGGGGAUGCCAGUCCUGGUACUUGCUUGACAAGGUGAAGGCAGCCUGAUGAAAAAAUACUAUAGAUAGCACAUUUUGAAAAUCAUAGGUGAAACACCCUAUGCCCUCAUUUGAGAGGGACAUUCAUAAUGAAGAAGAUAAGCCUUAAAACGAUCAGAAAGUCAUUUAAUAUAAGUAAAGGUAAAGAGGAGGGGGAAUUUGUUGUGGUUCAACAACAAACAUUGGCUGCUGAUUUCACAAAAGAAGAUUCUCUUUUUGGUGGGUGUUACAGCAAAGACCUUGCAAAUUGUGACCUUAAUGGUGAAGAGGAAAAGGGGCACAAAAACCGGUCCAAGAGUGAAAGUUUAAUGGGCACACUAAAAAGGAGGUUGUCAGCAAAGCAGAAAUCUAAAGUCAAAGGAAGUUCUCCCUCUGUUGGUUCCAUAGAUGAUGACACAUUUUCCUCUUCCUCUGCCCCAGUAAGCUUUAAUGAUGUGAAAGCCCAGCGUCCCUUGCGCUCCACUUCCCUGCGUAGCCAUCAUUACAGCCCUACUCCUUGGCCACUUAGGCCAGCUAACUCUGAGGAAACAUGCAUUAAGGUGGAAGUGAAGGUGAAAGCCUUGGUUGAUUCAUCCACUCCCAGUCCAGCUCUUAAUGGUGUUCGAAAAGAGUUCCAUGACCUCCAGAUGGAUGGACUUUUCCAGGAUCCAAGUGAGUCUUUGAAGAACCCUGAAUCUCCGAAUGGUGACUUGCAUCUUAAUAUUGAUGAACAUGUGCCUGUAGUUAUUGGAAUUACUCCUCAGGACUAUAUUCAGUACACAAUGCCUUUAGAUGAGGGAAUGUAUCCAGUUGAAGGAUCACACUCUUACUGUUUGGAUAGCUCCUCACCUAUGGAAGUCAUGCCACAUGUAGAAAGGGGUUCUCUUCAUGUGGACGACGGACAGAUUGACCAAGAUCUUGUUAUGUCACCAGACAUCUUCAUGGAACCCUCAGUGAAUGGACUCCUUAUUGGUAACACAGGCAUGGUGCUUCAGAGCUCCAGAGUAGAUGCUCCACCCCUUUCACCAUUGCUACCUCCACUCCUGGGCAGUCAGUUCCAAAGGCACUUCCCCGGCUUUUGCGGUGCUGAUUCUCAAGUUACGGAGAGGGUGAGACAUCACCUGAAUUUUGACCCUAAUUCUGCUCCAGGGGUUGGCAGGGUGUACGAUUCGGUUCAGAACAGUGGGCCGAUGGUUGUAACAAGUCUUACAGAGGAGUUGAAGAAACUUGCCAAACAGGGUUGGUAUUGGGGUCCUAUAACACGCUGGGAAGCAGAGGAAAAACUUGUCAACCUGCCAAAUGGUUCAUUCUUAGUGCGCGACAGCUCAGAUGAUCGUUACCUCUUGAGCUUGAGCUUUCGCUCACAGGGUAAGACACUUCAUACAAGGAUUGAACACUCGAAUGGCAGGUUCAGCUUUUAUGAACAGCCAGAUGUGGAGGGUCAUAUAUCCAUAGUAGACCUCAUUGAGCAUUCUAUAAAGGACUCUGAAAAUGGGGCAUUCUGUUAUUCUAGAUCUCGCUUACCAGGGUCUGCUACAUAUCCUGUUAGACUGACAAACCCUGUUUCUAGGUUCAUGCAAGUGCGAUCACUGCAGUACCUGUGUCGGUUUGUUAUUCGUCAGUACACGCGGAUAGACCUGAUUCAGAAACUGCCUUUGCCAAACAAGAUGAAAGAUUAUUUGCAGGAAAAGCACUACUGAAAUGCUGAAAUGGGACAAACUUGCAACUUUAAUUUUUGGGUUCAGUAAUAAAAUUAAACAUGGUUUACAAACAUUGUGGAUCUGAAAUGUUGGACACCACUACCUUAUUUAAGUGAAAAUUUGUUUUGUGUUAG